AUGCGUCCUCAAUCGCCAAACCAAUCGGAAGAGAUACCAAGCUCAAGUCAACGGCGGUCAGUUACUUCAAAGACUGAGUCAUUGAAGAAAGACAUCCCUGUUGUCCCGGUAAGUAAUCAAAGUUCGACCGUCGAACCAUCUCACUCGCAUUCUGUUACCGAAGUUAGUUCAAGUUUUGAUAGUUUAAGUGAAAAUCAGAUGUAUACCAAACUGUUGAACUUCUGUAAAGUGCAAAAUAGUGUAGGCCGCGAGGAAAGCAAUUCAACAUAUUACCAACUGUUGAAGACCUUUUACGAUAAUGCAAAGCGAAGUGAAAAGAGACAGGAUCAAGAGGAACGCGUUUGUUCGACUCAACCCCCCACGGAGGAAUUGGUGGUCGACCUUACCGAAAUAUCCGAUACGGAUGCAUCGUCGGCUUUGAAGACUUUGGAUGGGUCGAAUAGUGAACGCGUUGAAAGUUGUCCUAUAGUAAAGAGCGAGAAAACUGCCGAAGAAAAUAUUGUGCAGGUUACAAUCGCUGAGGAAGACUCAGUAAAUGCUUUGUCCUCCAGUGAGUUGUUACUGUGCGAGUCGUUUGAAGGAGGUAAAGAAAAAGCUAGACUGUAUGAACCUCUCGAUGAGACAGCGGAUGACAGUGACAGUGACAGUGAUAGUGAUUCUGACGGCGACGAUAAUGGAAAUGCAAGACAAUCCAAGCCAAUAACGUCGACGUAUUUGGAACUUACCAGAAGCAUGGGAGUCACGGAUGAUGAUGCGCUUAAUAUGGACUCUAUUUCGAUGCCUUUCAACAAUGAAUCAACAGAAAACAAUGGCACCAGUGUUGGCGCGACGGGUGAAGAUGCAUACGCAGGUCUCAUCAAGGAUGCCGACAAAUUCAAACUGAUGCUGCUGGCAUGGAACUAUCAAAACUCAGCGGCAGGUAAAUCUCAAAACGGUGCCGAAGGUCCGGACCUGGCUACUAUGACCAACCUCUGGCAGCAGUACCAGAACGCUCUUGCGAUGAACGCCAAGACGUCCUUCAACCAACUGCCGAUUACCGAACGUCAGCAAUCGUCUCCCAUCGAACAGCAAGAUGAAACGAACUCUUCCGAGCAGAAAGAUGACGACGAGCUUUCGGAAGAUGAUUCUGAGGAUCGCAUCGAGGCAACCGUUAAUGAUCCGGAACGAUUGAAAGCAUUCAACAUGUUCGUUCGGUUGUUUGUUGACGAGAAUCUGGAUCGUAUAAUUCCAAUUUCGAAGCAACCCAAAGAGAAGAUUCAAGCUAUUAUAGAUUCCUGUACACGACAGUUUCCCGAAUUUGCAGAACGAGCUCGGAAACGCAUUCGAACCUAUCUUAAGUCCUGUAGGCGGAAUAAAAAGACCCGUGAGGGAUGGGAAAACACUUCGCGGCCAACGCCAGCUCAUCUGACGUCCGUUCAAGCGGAACAAAUUCUGGCACUAGCCUGUGAGAACGAAAGCCUCAAUGCCAAAAGAAUGCGGAUAGGAUUGGAACCGAUCAGCCAAUCGGUGAAUCAGACAACGGCGGUAAGUUUUAUGACAUCAGAACCACCAAAUGUACCAAAUCUCUACCAAAACAUGAACAUGAAGUGCGAAACGGACACCGUACCAGCUGUGAAAACGGAACCAGUCCCGAAAAUGUCACCAAUCCAGAACACAACCCCCGAUAUGAAUCAAAUGAAGUUAAAUAUUCCAAGUGCCAGUGCUAGCUCUACGCCUACCAUCCCAACGACGGUGCCAACUAUUUCCAAUUUCCACGACUACAACACCGGAUUCCAGAACCGAUCACAGCACUAUCAGAAUUUUAUGAAUUCGGUUAGCAGUUCGAACAGCACUACUACUACCAUGUCCGCCACGGGUACCGCUCCGACAGAUUUAUCGAUGAAACGACCCAUCUUGGCACAUAAACUCAAUAGUGCAGAAAUCACCGCCGUCAAACAGCUUGUCACCGGUUACCGGGAGAGUGCUGCCUUCCUAAUGCGAAGUGCUGAUGAGCUGGAGAAUCUUCUGCUUCAGCAGCAAUAA